CUGCUGGUGUCAGAGCCGGGCGAGCGCUGGCAGUUCCGCGGCGGGGAUGCUGAGGAGCGCUGGGUCCGCGAGAAGCGCUGGCCACUGCGGACUUCCGAGGCACUCGCGCCCGUGAGAACCCCCGCGUCGCGGCCAAUACCUGGCCCCCAAGACCAUCUACUAUUCCGAGAACCAGACUAGGAGAAGAGUCCAGCGCAGCAGCCGUCGUCCUCCGGAUUGCGAGCGUCCUGGAACCCCUAGAGACACCCCGGAGUUCCAGAAGCUCCCCGGCGGCCCCAAGCCCCGGCUUCCUGCGAGCGCCGGUCCAAGACCCCCUCCAGUGCACCGGUCGUCUCCUCGCCGCGGCUGGGUCCGGCGCACACCAUGAUCGUUGCCGACCCGGAGUGCCGCUCCGAUCUCAAGGGCUACCUGCCGUUCGCCCGGGGCGGCGUCGGAGACCCGGGGGCCGGAGAGGUCCUUCGGGAGGGGGCCGAGAGCCUGGAGCAGCACCUGGGGCUGGAAGCUCUGAUGUCCUCAGGACGGGUGGACAACCUGGCCGUGGUGAUGGGCCUGCACCCCGACUACCUUAGCAGCUUCUGGCGCCUGCACUACCUGCUGCUGCACACAGACGGGCCCCUGGCCAGCUCGUGGCGCCACUACAUUGCCAUCAUGGCUGCUGCCCGCCACCAGUGUUCCUACCUGGUGGGGUCCCACAUGGCUGAGUUUCUGCAGACGGGUGGUGACCCCGAGUGGCUGCUGGGCCUCCAUCGGGCCCCUGAGAAGCUGCGGAAACUCAGCGAGAUCAACAAGCUGCUGGCGCAUCGGCCGUGGCUCAUCACCAAGGAGCACAUCCAGGCCUUGCUGAAGACGGGGGAGCACAGCUGGUCCCUCGCUGAGCUCAUCCAAGCCCUGGUCCUGCUCACCCACUGCCACUCACUGGCCUCCUUCGUGUUUGGCUGUGGCAUCCUUCCGGAGGGGGACCCAGAGGGCAGUCCUGCCCCCCAGGCACCAUCACCCCCCAGUGAGCAAAGCAGCCCCCCCAGCGGAGACGCACUGAACAACUCCGGGGGCUUCGAGGCCGCCCGUGACGUGGAAGCUCUGAUGGAACGCAUGAGGCAGCUGCAGGACAGCCUGCUGCGGGAUGAGGGAGCCUCCCAGGAGGAAAUGGAGUGCCGCUUUGAGAUGGAGAAGUCCGAGAGCCUGCUGGUAGCCCCCUCAGCUGACAUCCUGGAGCCUUCUCCACACCCAGACAUGCUGUGCUUUGUAGAAGACCCUACUUUUGGAUAUGAGGACUUCACCCGGCGAGGGACUCAAGCACCCCCCACCUUCCGGGCCCAGGACUAUACCUGGGAAGACCACGGCUACUCACUGAUCCAGCGACUCUACCCUGAGGGCGGGCAGCUGCUGGACGAGAAGUUCCAGGCAGCCUAUAGCCUCACCUACAACACCAUCGCCAUGCACAGUGGCGUGGACACCUCAGUGCUCCGCAGGGCCAUCUGGAACUACAUCCACUGCGUCUUCGGCAUCAGAUACGAUGACUAUGACUACGGGGAGGUGAACCAGCUCCUGGAGCGGAAUCUCAAGGUCUAUAUCAAGACCGUGGCCUGCUACCCAGAGAAGACCACCCGGAGAAUGUACAACCUCUUCUGGAGGCACUUCCGCCACUCAGAGAAGGUCCACGUGAACCUGCUGCUCCUGGAAGCCCGCAUGCAAGCCGCCCUGCUGUACGCCCUCCGUGCCAUCACCCGCUAUAUGACCUGACUCCCUCCCACGCAGGACCCACACCCGGAGCAGCUGACCCUGGGGGCACCCUACUCCCUGCAAGGACUUCUCUGUCUGGAGACAGGCCCAGGACCCUCUCUGCCCCAGGCCAGUGCACCCCGCCGAGGGGGCGGGCUUGUGUGAUGUGCAGUCCCCGACCACGCCCUCCUCCUCUGUCUGGGAUGGACAGAAUCGUUGCACUGACUGACUGGGAUCUCAGCUCUCCCCGUGGGACCUGGAAGAGGACUAGGAGAUCCCAAGGGCCAUGCCCUCCUUCCUUUCCCUGCCCCCAGAGCGGAAGGCACAGGAAGGGGAAUGAGCCACACUCGGACCUUCAUGCCGGCCGGCCAGGCCCCAGGCACCAUGAGUGCUAUGGCCCUCCUGGACUGCAAAGUCCCUGGCUGGCCUCUAGGAGAGGGACAAGGAGCUCCAGAGACUGGCACUCCAGGCAGCUUUGCCCUCCCUCCCCACCUCGUUCUCAUUUCAUUACCUCCCACCUGCCACUCACCCAUCAAUGUGAAAGUUGGUCACAGCUGGUCUGUGCGCCCAGUCUAUCAAAAGCCUUUUUUGUUGGGCAGCCUAAAGGCCCCGCCAUGCCCCCGUUCCAUGCUUGCCGAAAUCCUACUUCAGUUCUUUACCUCUUCACUCCUGUAACCCUUUCGCUCACACCCAGUGGUGGGAGACCCCAGGAGAGGGCCAAACACAUCCAAAGAGCAGACUCUCUAGAGCAGGAGCCUCUGUCGGCCACAUUGCCUUCUGAAGAGGAGGGAGUACUCAGAGGUAACUGAUCUGUACUCGGGUCCUGUGUGGUUGAGAUCAGGCCUCCUCAGGGCCUCGCCUUUGAAACGCGAUCAGCGCCUGUGAGGAGCAGAGGGAGGUCCUGUUCUCCCAGGCAGCCGAGGCCGGUGCCCACCCUCCUGUGCUAAGCACUUUUGCCAAAAUGUUGAGCCCUUCUGAGUGGCUGACAGGGCACCAGAGCCCAGUAAGGGAAGCUGAUGCCAGGGCUCCUGUCUGGCCCCUACCGCUGACUGAGUGGCUGUGACAUUGCCAAACGCCCUGGACCACCACAGUGGCGGACUGAGGGGUGGUUUCCGAGUUUCCCAGCAUCCCAUGCUCCACCCUGGGAUCUCAGCUCGAUAGCGAACUGGCUUUCUUGCAAGGUUCUGAAGGCCUCUGGAGGCUCCCUACCCCUGCAGUCAGUCUCCUGGCUGCCUUCCAAGAACCUCACCUUUAGCCCAGCACCUGUCCCUUCUCCUGGAAUGUAGGUGGAUUGCUUAGAGGCAGAAGCAGCGAAGGACUGACCCAAGCACUUUCUGCAGCAAACAACUGUGAAUCGCGACUUCUCUUGCCCUUCCGGCAGCGAGCGCCUCCUCCUAGGCCAGCUUGGAGGUGCCUGGGAAGGCAAGGGCACAGCGCUGCUGCUUUUGACUUCCCUGGGUGGCAGGAAAGGAACCUGGCCACUGUGCCCCAUUUCAUACCCAGGCGGGCAUGGGGAAGCGACUGGCAACCCCCCAGGCCUAAAAGCCCUCCCUGUGAAGAAGAUUGGCAGGAGGAGAGGGGUCCCAGCAUGGGGGUUUGAGUUCCCGAGGGGACUUAAUGACUGUAUGUGUCCCCUGGGUGGGCGGGAAGGGGUAUCCAGUGUGCAAGUGCUGAAACGUUUGACCUUGCUCCAGUUGUGUAUGAUGAGAAAUAAAGGUUCACUGAGGUUUUGUUUUGUA